AUGGCUUAUCUCCCGAAAUACUUUCACGAGGUGGAUCGAGAGUUGACGGAGAGCAUGUUGAGUGAACGUCAACGCAGCGGUGUGGGCGACGAAGGGAGUGAUCGAUGGAAUGUUGAAGAGGAAGAGAGGAGCGAUCUUGAACAUGGGAUCUGGUUCCGCCAUGUAUAUCUCUUCGUUUCCCAUUUUGACCUUGUAUGCCUCCACCAAAGCUUAUGCUUGGAUGUUGGAGAUUCACUUCAAAUGUGCUCCUUUUUCAUUGCCACCAAAAUGACCAGGAUGAAGAGACGGUAUCUCUUCAUACCUUCGGCGGAGAUAUUCAGCAGAGCUAGCGUGCGGUGGAUCGGGUACAACCGGGUGUGCAACCCCUAUUGGUCGCACUCGGUUCAGGCGUUCGUGGCUUGCACGCUGGACACAAUCACCGUUUGGGGUCUCGAAUGUUACGCGAAAUGGGUGAGAGAUCGAGAAAGAUCGCAUCGCUAG